AUGGCGCCCCAGAAGCGCAAGAGACCUCACGAUGAACCGCCCGCGACAGAACCCCCCACCCGUCGGACGACGCGACACAGCGAGACCGUAGCCACAGAACCGGAGAAGCAGCUCAGGAGCCGUCGCGUACGCGCAAACACGUUAGAGAACCCUCCCGCCGCCAUUUCAGGCUCCAAACCGGCGCCCACGACCGCAAAUGACGCGUCGAAGAGUAAGCCCGGCAAGGCUACGACCACCUUACCACGAUCAGCACCUCCGGCGCCCGCGACGAGGCGGACGAGGGGCCAGACUGCCGACAAGGAAGAGCCGGAGACUGAGGCGCCCCAAGCACUGGCCGAUGUCACCAAUAGGGUAGAACCUCGAGUGCAGGAGACGCGGCCAAAGCAGACCGCCGUGCCACCUCCCAAGAUACCCACGUCCCCAGUCGCCUCGAGAGCAGAACCGAAAGUGCAGGCGAACACAUCGCGUCCAAGGACAUAUAUUCCUCCGCCGAAACCACCUCCUCAGUCUCGUCCGCAAGCACCGGCGAGUUCUCUCGUAGACCCGGCCGCAGCUUCGGUUGUCACCCCCAAGCGACGUUCCUCAUCCGCUGUCGCCUUGAAACCGCCGCCGACUCCCCGAUCAGACCGCAAUAUCGACCAGGUCAUGCUCGGAAACAUAUGCUUCAAGACGUGGUAUCCAUCAUACUACAGCAAAGAGAUCCUGGGCGACGGACCAGGUAGUGGUGGCGCGAAGGAGCAUGGAGGGGCCAAGAUCGGAGGUGGAAAGAAGGACAAGGAGGUCAUGCUGGAUAGGCUUUACGUGUGCCCCUGCUGCUUCAAGUACUCCAAAGAGCUGCUGUCCUGGUCGGAACACGUUCGAUACUGCGAAAAGCAUGCACUGGUACCCGGCACCAAGGUCUACACCCAUCCCAAGGGAUCUGCAUUGGCCAAUGUGGCGGGUUCGACAAGUGCUUCCGCCAGAGCUGGGGGUCGGGGAGGUCAUGAAACCACAACCGAAGGCGAAUGGAGUGUAUGGGAGAUUGAUGGUGAAGUCGAUGUGCUCUUCUGUCAAAACCUUUCGCUCUUCGCGAAACUUUUCCUCGAUAACAAGUCGGUCUUCUUCGAUGUCACUGGCUUCAACUACUUCCUCCUAGUAUACACACCGCCGGUGGGCUCUGACAUCCCAGAUAUCCCACAAAGACCGCAAAUAUGUGGCUUCUUCUCGAAGGAGAAGAUGUCAUGGGAUAACAACAAUCUGGCAUGCAUUCUGGUCUUCCCACCCUGGCAACGGAAGGGACUAGGAGCUCUGCUCAUGGGUGUGUCGUAUGAAAUAUCACGGCGUGAAGGUGUACUCGGUGGGCCAGAGAAACCCAUCUCUGAGCUAGGCAGAAAGGGGUACAAGAGGUUCUGGGCGGGUGAGAUCGCCAGGUGGAUUCUCAGCCUCGAGCCGUCAGAUUCCCACGAGACCCGUGGAAGUGCCAAGAGAGAAACGUUGGUAGACGUCGAGGAUUGCAGUAAGGCAACAUGGAUAGUCCAAGAAGAUUGUCUGGCAGUGCUCCGGGAAAUGGGCGUCGUGGAGGAGGCAGGCACAGGGCCUCCUAAGCCAGUGGAAACCCCUCAUGAGGAAGCUGAGGAGAAGGAGGUCAAAGACAUGCCCCGUGUGAGGCUCGACAAGGAAGCUGUGCGGAAGUGGGUGCAAGCUAACAAGAUCGACCUUGAGCGGACCUGUGAUCCGGCUGGAUUCACAGAGGGAUAUGCCAUCAAAGAAGUUGAAGCCGAGGAGGAGGAAUAG